AUGGCGGCCGCGCUCGCCUUGACGCUUCUCGCCGCGCUACUCGCGCCCGCCGGCACCGCCGACCGGGCGCGGCGCUCGGCAGGCGAGGCGGCCGCUGUAGAAAAUCAAAAUGUCCAAAAUAUCCCAGAAGUGCAACACACAGAGAUGUCUCAAGCAGACAUCGACGCUGCGGCCCAGGCCGAGGCUGAGGCAGCCGGCGUGCCGGCCUGGAGGGACCUGUGGUACUCCUCGCUAGAAGCUUUGAGGAGAGAACCUACCAUAAAUAAUACCCAGGAAGACGUUCUUGUCCAGCUCGGUGGGGUGGCUUUCCUUCACUGCCCAGUUCGCAAUCUUGGCGAAAGAGGCAUAUCAUGGGUGCGACGUCGUGAUUGGCACAUAAUUAGUUCGGGCGUCUUCAUGUACACCAACGAUGAAAGGUUUCAGGUGCUACACAGUGAAGGAUCAGACGAUUGGAUAUUACAGAUAAAAUAUGUGCAGAAACGUGACAAUGGCACCUACGAAUGUCAGGUAUCGACAGGCUCGGGCACACUGUCGCGUCUCGUGCACCUGCACAUAGUAGUCCCGGAGGCAUUCAUCCUCGGAGCUGACGAGUACCACGUGGACGCAGGCUCCACCAUUAAUUUAGUCUGCAUUAUUGAAAAGAGUCCGGUACCACCUCAAUACGUAUUCUGGUACCACAACGCUCGCAUGAUCAACUACGACGCGGCCCGCGGGGUGAGCGUGGCGACGGCGCCGGGCGCGCGCACGCAGUCCGCGCUCGCCAUCCGCGCCGCCGCGCCCGCGCACUCCGGGAACUACUCCUGCCGCGCCGCCAACACCGAGCCCGCCCACAUAUACGUCUACGUCUCAGAGGGCAGUGACAAAAUGGCUGCUACUUUAAGCCGCAACGAGAGCGACGUGCGAUGCAGCUGUCUGGCCCUACUCGUGCUCACGUACAUAGCGAUGAUGCUAUCUCAAACGGACUAUAAUAUA